AUGUUCUUCCUUUGCUUUAGCUUAGGUUCUUUGUUUGGUGGCAGCAAAUUGGAUAUUUCUAAAAUUAUAACUGGCAACUGGUCAAUAACCAUUUCUGGUAUUCAAGAUCCAGAAUCUUACUAUAUCAGACAAAAUUCUGACCAAACAUUUGCCCUCCAAAACAAUCAGAACGAAACAAUCACCAAAAUCCCAUACAACUUUGUAGAUAUGACUACCCUUAAAUUCACAUACGAAGCAACAGAAUUCAACUUGAAUUUCUCUUCACAUUUAGAAGCCAAGGGAACAUUCGGAGACUACUUCAUCCAUAUUUCAACCGACUCCGCACAGUAUUUCCAUGUUGUUGUCCAAGAUAAGCAAUCAAACUCAUUAUUUAACUUAGAUUUCACUAAGAUCGAUCUUCCUAAGCAGAACCCGGUCAUGCAAUAUCUUCCAAUGGUCAUUAUGGGCGUUUUCUUUAUCGGCGCUCAAUUCCUUUCCAAGAAAUUGGAACCAAAAAUGCAACAAGAAGUUAUGAAGGCACAACAGGAACAGAAGGCCAAACAACAGAAGAAGGUCCAGCCAAAGGUCACAGAAGUCAAGGAAGGUGAAGAAAAAGAAGAAACAGAAGAAAAGGAAGCUUCUGAGGAGCCAAAGGCUGAUGAAGACAAGCAAGAGAAGCCAGAUGAAUCAGAAGGCAAGGUUGAGUAA